AUGGAGAGAUUGGAGACGAGUGGUAACGUGAGCAUCAGUGUUAUCAGGCAUGGUGAUGGAGGGGGAGAAACAGGGCAAUGGAACCAAUUGAUAAGAAAGGUGGAAGAGAAUCAUAGGUUGAGGUCUGAGCUACAAAAGAAGAUUCAGGAACUUGAAAACUAUAAAUCGAGUGAUACAAAGGCUGAGGAUGAUUGGAGUGAUCAUAGGUAUCUACCUCCGACAAAAAAUAGAGCCAUGAGUCCAACAGAUGGAUCCACACUGGUCCUCAAAAAAGAUUACAUGGGGAAUGCUGUAGAUCCAAUGAUUCAAGUUUCAAGGGAGAGCCAGUUGGAGACUCAAAACAUAAAUGGGGGCUUUUCUCCUUUGAGGUAUCAACUGGAAGGAGAAUAUGAUCCGCAGUUCAAUGUGUCUGGGCUGGUGCCAAUUUCUGAGGUAAAGAAUGCAGGCAGCUCCAUAAACCAGGCUGUUGUUGACAGUCGAGAUCAGGAGCAAGAGAUUUUGCUGUUGAGAAAGCAUCUUGUUGACUAUUCAAUUAAGGAAGCCCAAAUACACAAUGAGAAGUUUGCUCUUGAGAAACGAAUUGCUUAUAUGCGUCUGGCUUUCGAUCAGCAGCAGCAGGAUCUGGUUGAUGCAGCAUCUAAAGCUCUCUCUUACAGACAAGACAUUAUUGAAGAAAAUAUACGCCUAACGUAUGCAUUGCAGGAUGCACAAGAAGAAAGAACAACAUUUAUAUCAUCUUUGAUGCCUCUUCUUGCGGAGUAUUCUCUUCAGCCACCAGUUGCUGAUGCUCAGUCCAUCGUUAGUAAUGUUAAGGUUCUUUUUAGGCAUUUGCAAGAGAAGCUCAUAGGAAUUGAGACAAAGCUAAAAGAGUCUCAAUAUCAGCUAGCAGCCUGGCGUUCUGAUUCAAGUUUUGCACAAUCACCGAUGUAUUCUUUUGGGGGGAACAAAAAUGGGCUUGAAUUGGUUACACAACAAGCAUACUCUGAUGGACAAAUACCAAUUUCAUCAGACCAUCCAACUCCAAGAGGGUGGGAUGGAGUUGGAGUUGCAGCUGGUGUUCCAGAAACUUCAGAGCCUGAUUCAGGGAGGUAUUCACCUCUUCUAAACAGAAACAGUAAUAAUAAUAAUGGUGUAGGGAGAAGCGCACACAUAGGAUUAGGUGGUGAUUCAUAUCCUACAACCACAAGUAGUAAAAAUGAGGAAACCAGCAACAAACAAGUUACAUUUAGCGACCCUGUUAGCAGUAAUAAUGAUGUUGAUGAUUUUGAAGGCCAUAACGAGGGCAGAGGAGGAGGAGGAGAACCAUUUGUCGAUUGGAAUUCCAAGACCCCCCUUGAAGAUCCCCAGCCCCAGCCCCACUCAUAUUCUCCAUAUUUAACUCCAGUGCCCGAAAAACCUGAUUCUUCAUACUCUGAAGCUGCAGAUGAUGAUCCAUUACCUGCAGUGGAUUCCCUCCAAAUUUCAGGCGAAGCUUUUCCAGGUCGAGAACUUCAAGCUAGUGGAUACUCCCUCAAUGGAACUACAAGUUGUAAUUUUGAGUGGGUGCGGCAUAUGGAAGAUGGAUCUGUUAGUUAUAUAGAAGGUGCAAAGCAGCCAAAUUAUCUUGUUACUGCGGAUGAUGUUGAUACAUGCCUUGCCAUUGAAGUCCAACCCAUGGAUAACAGAAAGCGAAAGGGUGAACUUGUAAAGGUUUUCGCCAAUGAGCACAGAAAAAUUGUCUGUGAUCCUGAUAUGCAUGACAAUAUCAGAAAAGCUCUUCAGACUGGUCAUGCUGAACACAGAUUGUCUUUAUGGACAGGAUUUCUUGAGAUAUGGGAGCCAGUUACAUUAGUCAUCAGAAAAGAUGGAAUUAACAUAAAAGGUGGUACUACUCCCUUCAAUGAGAAGUUUUCUCCCAACACAAGGGUUUAUAUUCCGUGUGGAAAUCCUGUAGAGUUUUCCAUUAUUGGUUUGGGAGGUGUUGAGCAACGGCUUCGGGUGGAGCAAGAAUCAGAUACUAUAAGUUCAAGGGAUGUCAUUGUGCUCACCCUGAGAUACUUUAUCAAUAGGGCUGCCGAGAAAAAAAAGGUGAAAAAGAAGGGCUUAUUUUUUUGACAAGACAAGAGGAGAAAGGAAUCUUUUGUUACAUACAAAAACUACUACCCUUUGUUGUAGUUGUAGG